AUGUACGACCGUGCUCCGCGCUGGCCCGACUUGGCCAACCGCGGCAGCACCGAGGAGCACGUGGGUCCUGGGACCUACCAGGUACCUUUUCUUAAGCAGCGGGCCACAGGUUGCUAUGCACCGUUUCUUUCUUUGACUUCCAAAAAGAGCGCUUAUGUUGUCUCCUCUGACCCUGGAGAAGCGGUUCCAGGUCCAGCGCACUACAACGUAUCACAAGCACAGUAUAAAAUAAAAGGAGGCCGUAGUCUACAAAACCGAGAGAAGCGAUUUAAGAAGCUUAUUUCGGAUAAUCCAGGACCUGCAAGCUACGAUUGGCCUUAUCGGACAUUAUGUAUCAGAUUCAGACAGAAAACUUCUAGAACACCUGCAGUUUCCAGAAACAUUGAUAUUCCUUCAAUUCCCUCUUCUGGAAAGGCGCAUGGGUAUCAUCUCAAUGAAGAUGACACUAUUAUGAGACGCACCCCACCUCCUAGUGACAACACAAUAGGUCCAGCGUACUACAAUCCUCAGUUUGAUUAUCCUAAAGCAAGUUUGAAAUAUAAAGGUGUAAAUUUUGGCAAUACUACAGGAAGACAAGAAUUGGUCAAAUAUUCAGGUCCUGGUCCUGGACAGUAUGAUAUCGUCCAGAAAAGGAAACUACAGUAUGAAAAUAUUAACAUCAAGAAAGAUCAAGAGCAUUAUUGUACAUAUGUCCCACGGCUAUAUGAAGAAAUAAUAUUGCAAGAGGAAAGAAAGGGUGUACCAGGACCUGGAAAGUACAACAUUAAAAGUCAAUUUGACACGAUAAAAGCCAUGUCAGCACUUGUGAAUGUUUCAUCUUUUAUUUUCUAUUCCGAAACAGAGAGAUUCAAACCUAUCAAAUCCUGUGCCCCGGCUCCUGGCACAUACAAUGAGAUACGAACUGCUUUCAGUUUCCCAAAGAAACGAUCAGAACUGCUUUCGCCAUUUGGUCAAAGGGCUGCCCGAUUCACAAAGGAUUCCAAGUCACAGGAGCUACCAGGUCCUGGCUUUUAUAAUAUCUCAAGCAACAUUGUAAAAGCCCAGGUUAAAAAACCCUCCUUGAAGAAACAAACGAAGACUGGAUUUGGUUCUUCAGUGCCUCGAAUUUCGUUCAUAGCUCAGAAAAAAGCUUUCAGUGGUCCUGGGCCUAGUGAUUAUCAGGUUAGAAGAUUUCAUGAUGAACUGCCCAACUUGAACAAAUAUGCUGCUUUCUUGUCAAGAGCAGAGAGAACUAAACCAGUACGAAGAAUGAGUCUUCCAGCUCCUGGCCGCUAUAAUGUUCAGAAAUCAUAUGAAAUGACCCAAAUUAAACAUAGGUACAUGCCACCUCGUAGUUUGGUGGCUGCAAAAAGGCAUUCCUCUUUCCUGAGUGCAGCUCCUCGGUGCCUGGGAAAAAUUGCUGACGGUCCAGGACCUGCAACAUACAGUCCUAUUUUAAUGAAGUCUGGUGCCAUAGUCUCAUUCGUUAAAGGACCAAAGCGUUUUGAAGAAUUUCAUGAUGAGUUUUCUCCUGGCCCUACAACAUAUGAGCUCAGUCCAUUUUUAAGACAUUCUCUUCUGAAGAGAACAUACAAUGUCACUCUGCCGUGCUCAUCCUCUCCUAAUAGAGAAAACACUGGUUGUCCGUCACAAAAAUCCAGACCAAAGUUUCAAAGAGAGAAAUUAGAAUAUACUAACUGGUUCUGCCUGGAGGACCCUGAGAAUGGCAGAAUAAUGAGCUUAAACUCUUACCCAUUUUGUGAAUGA